CAAAGGAAUUUUGUCAUUCGUCGCUGACCCGAAGCAGAGGGCUUGACAAAGUUUAAUAAUUAAUACCCGUCAAUUUGUGCUUGGUAUUCUCCACCAAUAGUUUCGAUUUCCUGUUACUUUUGAUGUAUGAGAGCGUUAUUGUGCUUUUACAAGGAAUAUGUGUCCUAAAAUGAUAGAACUAAUGUCAUAGUAUUGCUUUUGGUGUAAUAACUGGAAUUUUUAUGAAGUGUUACUUCGGACGAGAAACGGGGAAGGAUGUUAAUUUCUCAAAAAUCUAGCCAGUUUUCUAUAGAUUCACUUCUUGGUAUCACGGGCAAGAAAAUCGGCUCCAACGAAAAUGGAAAGAUCGGAGGAACUGAUCGUAACAGACAGCUACACGGGAUAGACAAAAUUGUGAACGACUAUCAUAGAAUUCGCAACGAGAGUAUUAAAGAUCCAACCUUCAAACCAGUAAAUGAGGAAUGCUUGUAUGUUUCAGACAAAAAUUUUACAAAUGAAAAUGAUUACAUUCCCGGACGUACUAACGGGUUUAGUUUUAUUUCUGAACAUCACAAAGAAAUACUUUUUCAAAGAGAGAAGGAACAUUUCAGACAGUCCCAUUUAGGUUUCGUGGUGCCGCAUCGAUAUCAGGAUCAUUUGUCAUGGCAAUAUCGCCAUCCUCACCAUGGAACCCUCACGCGGUAUAUGGAUCCGUCCUUUUUGUUACCAAAUCUGAGGAAAUCCAAACGAGUUCGAACUGCUUUCUCGCCGACACAACUCCUGCAACUGGAACACGCUUUCGAGAAGAACCAUUACGUCGUGGGUCAGGAAAGAAAAGAACUUGCUCUCAAACUGGGCCUUAGUGAAACACAGGUAAAAGUAUGGUUUCAGAACAGACGAACGAAGUAUAAGCGUGUAAAAGCUGAGGAAGACAUGACUAAUUCUCUCUCGAAAACUGAGGAUCAGGUAAAAACGAAUCGGUUGGUAGGAAAAAGUGAGACACACCGGUUUGACUCUUCGUCGGAUGAAAGCGAGGUUGAAGUAUAGGCACACAGCGUUGUUGUGAACCAAUGAAAACAUCAAAGACAACAAUAUUCAACUGGAUUUGUGUGUGUCUUUUGUAUUAACUACAUGAAUGCUAUAAAUAUCACUAGAAUGUUAACUUUGUACUCAAUGAACGCUGUAAAUAACACUAUAGUGUUAACUUUGUAAUGCUAAUGAAUGCUUUAGAUAUCAGUAGAGUAUAAACUUUGCGAUUAUUGAAUGCAUUAACUGUGAUUACCGAAUGCUGCAACAUCACUAGAAUGUAAAUAUGGCGAUUAUUGAAAAUGUAAAGUUGUAUUGGAGUUCAACUCUAACAAAUAAAGAUUUGCAUCACAUCAAUCUCACAUUAAAUGAUGACGAAGUGUGGUUGCUCUAUGACAUCACUCUCACAUUAAAUGAUGACGAUGUGUGGUUGCUCUAUGACAUCAUUCUCACAUUACUGAUGACGAUUUGUGGUUGCUCUAUGACAUCACUCUCACAUUAAAUGAUGACGAUGUGUGGUUGCUCUAUGACAUCACUCUCACAUUACUGAUGACGAUGUGUGGUUGCUCUAUGACAUCACUCUCACAUUAAAUGAUGACGAUGUGUGGUUGCUCUAUGACAUCACUCUCACAUUACUGAUGACGAUGUGUGGUUGCUCUAUGACAUCACUCUCACAUUACUGAUGACGAUUUGUUGGUGCAGUUGUUGCGAUAUUCCGUUAACAGCAUGAAAAUAUUUACAUAUGUGUUGCAGUUUCAUUUAUACAUUAUUUACUUUUGGAUGCAGUAUAAAACAAUAAUGUUUAUACAAUUUGCUAUUAGCAAUCUGCAAAGUGGUUCUGAUAGACUUUUGCUAUGCUUUCGAUGUCGUUUAGAUAUACUUGAUGUAUUUCUGUGUAUGUAUCUUAAAAAUUUACGAGUUUAAUCAUCUGUUUUCAUGAAAAAUAAUAAAAAAUGACAUUUUGA